UAAAUAAAACGAGAAAAGUGAAAUUUGCCCUAUUCCUUCUCCUCCCACACCAAACCAGUCUCUGAAACUGAAAUUUGGAAUAGUGAAGAGUGAAGAGUGAGUUAUACAAUAUACAAUAUGAGACUUCUCACGCAUAAUAUGCUAUCCUCCAACAUCAAGGGUGUCACCAAUGGCUUCCCUCUACGGAUCCAAGUCCAGAAGGUCGUCGAGAGAGAGGUUGAACUCAACCCCGAUUUUCUCAAAUCCAUGUUCUCCAAGAUCGACUGGAAAGCCCUAGUCGACGCCUCUCGCUCAAUCGGCUACACUGAGCUCCCCGACGAGGUUGAUCCUUCCAUGCUCGACUCCGAUGAAUUCCUUCGCCGUUUCCACCACGCGCUCCUCCAACUUCACAUCGAAGAAGGCGUGCUCUUCUGCCCGGAGACUGGUCGCCGGUUCCCGGUCAUCAAGGGGAUCCCCAAUAUGCUUCUCAACGAGGAUGAGGUUUGAUUGGUUAGUUUCACUGGGAAUGGGUUUUAAGUGUUUUCCAUAUCCAUAUACAGAGUAGUAGGAAGUACUCUUUUUAUAAUUAUCAAUUUUGUUGAAUAUGUCUCAAAAUUCUAAUUCCAUGCAUAUGUGUUUAGCUCUGUGUUUACCCUUGCCUUGAAACUUAUUUAACAAAAAAGGAAAAGGAAAGAAAAAAACUUGAACUUAUUUUAAUAA